AUGUUUCAGUCCGUCUUCAACAGGCGCAAGGUUCAGCGGACCAUCAACCAGAUUACCGGCGUGCGCCGCCCCCAGAGCCCGCCGUCGCCCGCCUCCUUCGUCUCCGAGGACGUCGUCGACAUCCAUGAGAAGCUACACCCCCGCUUCCUGCCCCCGCCACCCGACGGGUCCCGCGGGCGGCCCCAUGAGGUGCGGGAUUCGACUCCACGGGUGCACCUUGAGCUGGAUGCACACAGACAGUCCUCCUACUCGGAUUGGUUUCCGAGGGACAUGCUCAGAAACGAAGUGCGCACGCCCCCGCCGCGCGACGCGUCCCUGUCCAACAACAACGCAGCGGGCAGCUCUACGACGGUGAACGAGCUGUCCCACGACCACAGCUGGGAGCAUGACAGGUCGUUCGGCGCGUCGAGCGCGUCGCUGGGUGCGUCCACCGACGGUGUCAUUCUCAUAGAGCCUGUGCGUGCAGACGGCCGAAACAAAGCAUUGCCUCUGCCGGUCCGAGGCGACUCCGACAGUGACUACCAGAUACCGCUAGAGCCCGACAACGACGCCAUCCCCAUCAUCCGCAGGCCGACGCCGACGCCCAUCAGGAUACCCGACAACCCCGCCUCGUCCAAGAUCGCCAUCGAGCGCUCCGCAGGCCCGUCUGCCGGUGGGCACGCCCAUCUACCCGUCCCGAGCGCACACAGCAACGGGCCAACGCGGCCCUCGAGCCCAGGAUCCGUGGGCACGGAGGACCUCUCCUCGUCUGUUUCCGGCACGACGCUCGCGCGCGCGCUUGUCAACUCGUUCAUCGUCACGAACGAGUCCCGCGGCUCGCGCUACCGCAACGUUCUCACGCGUCAGGACAGCGCGACUCUACCCCGCGGCGAGCACCCCUUCCACGGGCGGUACGGCCGCAGCAACUCCGUCGACAGCCCCGAUUCCGAGAUCAUCCCGCCCGUCCCGCCUCUCCCCUCCAGCGCAGAGCUCUCGGCGCGCGGCCUCGACAGCGGGAAGAGCAGCAGGCGGAACUCGACGGGCGCGGCACUCGAGAACAGGAUCAGCAGCGCAGAGCUGCCGUAUGCGAGUGAUGGCGGGGCGGGAGGUGCGCGCAGGAAUUCGCUGAUACACAACAAGGGCGACCAGCCUCCGACCGUGUUCAGCCCCAUCUCGCCGAUUACGGAGCAGCCGAGCCCCGCCCCGAGUGCGCCCAAUACGCCCACGUUCAACGCGCUCGUCAAUGGCAGUAAUGGGAACAUUUCCUCGGGGUCCCUGAGCCAGGCAAGCUCUAUGCGGAGGAGCACGAAUCUGUCGGAGGCCUACACCACGACGUCGUCGCAGUCGUCGCUCACUGGUGACCACAGGCGGCAGAGCACCGACCUGGAGCGGAGCCGGGCCACCUCCGAAGUGAGCUUGCAGAGCGAGAGCGACCGCCCCCAGCGGCCUGCGGGCGCACGCGCGAUGUCCUUCUCGACAAGCCUCGACAGCGGUGUCUCCAUGUCCGUGUACUCCCCCAGCACCGAGGGCACGCCCCUCGAGUCGUCCUCCGCCGGCGCGUCGUCCAUGCGGAACCACCGUGCGAUGUCCACGGGGAGCCCCGUCGCCGCGUUCGGGAACACUUACGUCGCGCGCUCGCGCUCCGACUCGUCCGUGCACCGCACCGGCGGCAGCGCGCGCCCCACGCUCCUCCCCAUCGGCGAGCGCCCCCACUCCGUGCUCGUCCCGCGCUCCCCCGAGCCCCGCACCUCCGCCGAGAGCGACACCCGCCCGUACAUCCCCCGCUCGCACUUCGGCCCGCUCCCCAGCGGCGUCGUCCCCGUCACCGCGCGCCUGCCCGUCACGGGCCGCGUCCAUUCCCUCUCCAUGUCCGCGCGCUCUCGCGAAGGCCCGGCGCGCUCCAACCGCUCCGGCACGCAGCCCGCGCCCCUCGCGCUCGCGAUCCUCGACCGCCACGCGGGCCUCCCGACGCCGACGCUCACGUCCGCGGUCGAGUCGGGCGGGCCCACGCUCCCGCCGUUCCCGGAGACGCCGUACGCGUUCAGCCCGCUGCUGAGCGCCGGCAUGGCGAGCCCGUACCCGCCGAUGCCCCCGCGGGGCCCGAACGGCAGCAGGAGCGCGCUCCCGCACACGCUCGGCCCCGCGCGGACGAGCGACAUGAAGAUGCGGUGGCAGCAGCAGAAGACGAUCCUCCAGCGCAGCGCGACGACCGUCGGGAGGUCGAACGGCGGGCUGCCGACCCCGCCCAACUCGAUGGAGGGCUCCUUUGAGGGGGGCAGUCUGUCGGUGAACGGGCACCAGAGGAGCGAGAGCGAGGUCGUCCCGGGCGCGAUGGCCGCGCGGCCCUUGCCGUCGAUCCAGGAGGCGCGCUCGCCGUCUAUGAGCCCGUCGCCUCCGGGGUCGCGGCGCGACUCGCAGGCCAUCCCUGCUCAGAUGCCUGCGUAUCUGCCGCCGGUCGAAGAAGUAGCUCCUCGCCCGUCUAUGGACAGCGAGGUCCCAAACAUCCCGGACAUGGGCCAAACGAUCGACGUGAUGAGCUCGCCUCCGCGCUCGUUGCGGGGUCGGUCGACUCUCCCGCCGCCUCUGACGCCGCUGCCACCUGUGCCAGACGACAACGCGGAGUCGCCAAAGGAGUCGCCGCCUCCUGCGUACACGCAGGCGGAGAGCUCGAGCAUCGACGCAUACGUCGGAGAGGUCACAUCGGUCGUCGGUGUCGAAGCCGCGCCCUUCUAUGACUGUCAACUCGUCGCAGUCUCUGCCUUCGCCACCUGCGUCCGCGGUACCCCUUCCUCCCUCUCCUCUGCCCCUUCGCCUAUGCCUUCCAUCAACGAGCACCCUAUUGAGCACCCGCCUCCUCCCCCUUACGAGGCGCAGAGAGCGCCCCGGGCUGCGCCGCUGCCUGCCCCUCCGCCUUCACCCCUGCGGGCUGCUGCGUCCUCGUCCUCCGCCAGAUCCGCAACGCCAGAGCUCUCGCAGCCAAAACGUCCGAGGGCAAGACCGGCCAUCCCUCUGGGCCCCCGCAAGCCGUCUGUCCAAGGUCGCUCGCGCACCGGGUCCGUCUCCUCCGUGAUCAGCAAUCAGCUGCACGGCGGGCCGAGCGCGAUGCGCAAGCCGUCCAUGGCCACGCUCGCGUCCGCCUCGUCGCCAAAAUUCCAGACCACGCCGGUCAAGUUCCGCGGCCUCACGAAGGAGGCGGCGGAGUGGACGCUCUCGUCGCAGCAGCUCCAGCAGAUUGUAUCCACAGCGAUCCGGCAGACUGCGGACAUCGCCCGGCUGGAGCUGCGCUGUGCUGACCUGAAGACGAGCUACAAGCUCAACGUGCGGAGACGGAGGAUGCUGCUGGGCACGCUGUCGUCCAUGGCUGAUGGUAGUGAGCCUGCCGACCCUGCCUCCGCGACACGCAUAUCGGACGAGCUUUCAGAGGUCACGGAUGCCCUUGAUUUCAUCACGGAGGAGCUGUACGACGUCAACACGCAAGUGGGUCAGCUCAACCAUCUGCGCGACGUGCACUCCAGCAGUGCGCUCAUCAUGGCGCUGCACAAGCUCAACAGGAGUCUGAAGAAGCAUCUCACAGAGGGUCAGAAGCUGCGGGAACAGCUGGAGACUCUGGAGGCCGAGCGGGACGAGGCCUGGCGACAAGCCCAAGAAGUUGCGCAGGACUUUGACGAUCUCGCUGAGCGCGCGCUCGACCAGCCGGUUGCAAAUGGGAAGGAGAUCACACCCAGUCGCCGCUCGAGUCGGGUCGUCCUGGCACGCAAGAACAGUUCACGGAGAGCGCAGAAUGGCUUACGGAGCGGCCCUGGUCACAGACGCAGCCAACGCUCCUCGGUGAGCAGUGCUCAGCCAGGAAGUGGUGUUUCCCUAUCGCCUGCGCCGUGGUCGACGGGUGCUAAAGACAUCCCACCCGUACCGCCUGUACCUCCGCGAUCUACAUUGGGUAUUGUGACGGACUUGCCUUCUGGCCGCACAGCUAUGUCUUCGUCUGGUACCCCUUCAUCCGAGUUCAAAGCUAUGACCGAAGCACAGAAAGAACUAUGCGACAUGCUGGGUAUAUCUCUCGAUGAUCUCAAGAGCUCUUCUCGCCCCUCGAGGCGACAAUCUAUGUCCGACGCCCCUGGUUCGUCGAGCUUCUUGUCACCGAGUAGAGGCAGGCGCAACUCGGAAAGCCGCAUUGCUUCUCCACGCCCGUCGCCCGGCCUGCAGUCUCCGAGCUUCGCAUAA